AUGAGUCAAGUUUGGACUACGCAAAUCGGAAACAGUCAAAAUUUGCAAAGCAAAAACCCAACAAAGUUUUCGCGCAAGUGGUACCAAUUCUGGAUAGUUGACGCUUUGAAAGGUUACUGCAAUACUACAGGAUUACAUGGAUUCAAUUAUAUAACUCGCUCUAACACAACACGGGGAGAAAAAAUAUUCUGGAUUAUAGUUGUUAUAAUUGCAAUAAUUACGGCAAUUGCGUUGGUUGCCGUAUCGUCGCAAUGGAAUUCGGAAACGCCAACAGUAACAGUGUUUGAAAGUACCCAUUUUUCUACAUGGAACAUACCGUUCCCAGCAGUCUCAAUAUGCAAUUUCAAUAAAGUUUCCAGAAGGAAGGCCAUGCACCAGGCGAGAAUACUAAAGAAACCUGCAAAUAUAACAGUGGAAAGGUUAGCUAAACUAUUCUUGCUGAUUUUGGAUUUUAUAGAAGUUACUGACAGAGUAAAAGCGGAUUAUCUAACCCUGGGAGCAAUCCUGGACGAGAACAACAUGAGCACACUGGAAUUGUAUGAGAAAUUGGCACCAGAUUGUGACGAGAUGCUACUUCGAUGUGUUUGGAAAGGUACUGAGACUCGGUGCGAUACGUUAUUCCAAACGUCUAACUCUUCCAUUGGAAUAUGUUGCUCUUUUAAUUAUCAUGGAAUAGAAACCAGCAACAAUCCGAUGAAAGCUGGUCACAGUAUUCCGAGGAAACCUAGACACGUUACAGCCAGUGGCUAUCAAACAGGACUCACUGUUAUUCUAGAUCCAAUUGAAGAUGAUUAUUUUGGCACCCUUUUAAGUGGAUAUGGGUUUCGGAUAUUCAUUCACGGUGCAUAUGAUCAUCCGGGAACCAAUUCUGAGACCAAGGUUGUUACGACUACGACUGAAAACUUUAUAAGUCUCACACCAGAAUCUACGUACGCUACAUCAGAUUUACGUGGGCUUAGUCCAGCAAAUCGUGGCUGUCUAUUUCGGAGAGAACAGCAAAUGGGUGUUAUGCGAUAUUAUUCCUAUAUUAAUUGCUUAGCCGAAUGUCGGUCGAGGUUGUUCCAUGAGUCGUGUGGUUGUAUUCCGCCAGGGUUCCUGAAUAAUGGAAGCCACUCGACGUGUAGGAUGGACGCGAUUGAUUGCGUAUUGAAAAAUAAAAAUUCAAUCAAUACAGCAGCACCUAGUUUCACUAAAACUCUUCGUCAGAAUGGCACUGGUACUACCUCUACACUAGCAUGCAACUGUUUGCCUGAUUGUGAGUUAAACGAAUACCCAGGGGAAAUAGCGACGGGAAUUCUGAAUAGACAAUUUUCCUAUAAUUCUAUGAGCCUGUUUGAAGAUCUGAAACUUACCAGCGAAGUGGUCGUUCAUGUAUAUUUUGACGAUCUAAUCUCAACCCGCUAUCGGAAAGAUAUUUUCCAGAACUGGAUUUCCAUAUUGGCUUCGCUUGGAGGACUCUUAGGACUAGUUUUUGGAUUCAGCAUAGUAACUGCAAUUGAACUCGCAUACUACUUGACACUGCGUCCGCUUUUCCGAUAUUUUUUCCAACAACUAGCAAAAAAUCAAGGCAGGAUCGCUGUAGAAACAUUCAAUAAUAACAAGAAACGUACAACUGUCAAAUAG